AUGAAUAAACAAGCCCUUAUUUAUGAAUUUAUGUCCAAUAGCUCUUUGGACAAAUAUAAAUAUAAACAUGGACGUUCCUCUCUUAGUUCUCUCUUUUCUAAUUUAGAUUGGAAAGAACUGUACAAUAUUGUAAAUAGCAUUGCUCAAGGAUUAGACUACUUACAUGAAAGAUGUAAUACAAAAAUUUUGCAUCUUGAUAUCAAACCUCAAAAUGUGCUUCUUGAUGAAAAGUUUUGUCCAAAAAUUACAGAUUUUGGAUUAGCUAAAAUAUGCAAAAAUAAUAAAAGUAGUAGGCGAACAUUUAGCAUAAGAGGGACUCCGGAUUAUAUUGCACCAGAAAUGUUUAAUCGACGAGCAUAUGGUGGAGUUUCUUGCAUGUCAGAUGUGUAUAGUUAUGGAAUGUUAAUUCUUGAAAUGAUGGGAGCAAGAGAUGAUCCACAUAUUAAAAGAUCUCAUAAUAGUGAAUCCUACUUUCCUGAUUGGCUUUAUAAGGAUCAAGAUGAAGAUUUUAUUUAUUACAGAAGUUUUGCUUUCGAUAAAGAUGAUGAAAUUAUAAUACAAAAGAUUUUGUUAGUGGGCUUACACUGUAUUCAAACGGAUCCAUCAAAAAGACCAACAAUGAAAAAAGUGGUGGAAAUGUUAGGGGGAGAUCUUAAAGCAAUAUCACGUCCUGAGAAAUUUGUCAUGUCUUCUUCUCCUACAUUCCCUCUUUUAUCGUAUUCAGGUGCAUCUCGUAGUGAUAUAUACGAGACAAAUUCGAUAAUUGAAGAAUUAAAUGGUUAA